AUGACGUUACGGGUGGAAAUGAGUUCACCAGACGGAAUUACUGGAUUCGACGAGUAUGCGGGUUUUUAUAUUUCUCCACCAGAACGAUACAUCUUUAACGUUGAUAGGAGGAUCAACUCAGAAGGAAUGUCCGAUUCCUUUCUUCUCUCCGACAACGAUAAUGCCUGGAGUAUUAUCAACCAGCCGUUUUCAACAUACGACAGGGACGUGGACAACAGCCCUAACAACUGUGCCCAACAGUUUGGUGGGGGCUUGUGCCUCAUUUUAUUGCAAUUGCAGAUGUUUUUGGCCAGAAUCAACGCCCUUGCAGAAAAAAAAGCCAACCAAAACUACCUUCAGACAAACACGGCUGAAAUUGAGCUGAAUUUGUGCUAUAUGCAGUAUAUCGAUCAAUACAUAGGUAAUGGAGUGUUUGCUAGGCAAGAGCUCUUGAAGGGGCAGUUUAUUCUCGAGUACAGAGGAGAACUAUGUAAACAGCAGUCUGAUGGUGAUGAAAUGUUCAAAUACCAUUUCAGACAUAACAACAAGGAAUACUGCAUCGAUGCCUCAAAAGACACGUGUCUGGCAUGCAUGGUCAACGACUUGGACCGAUACACAAAGCCUAAUUGCAAAAUGGUUAAAGUUGUUGAUGACAGACAUCAACCAAGACUCUCAAGGUGCACACAAUCAAAGCUAUUUCAUUCAAAUGGACUUAACUUGAAUCCGGACAACUAUCGGCAACUUUAUGAUAAUGCUGUUAAAGAUGGUCAUACAGCUGCAGAUACUACAGAGGUCACAGAAACAUCUGAAGAUGCCCUCGGUGAAUCAGCAGAAGUCUUGGAACAUGCUUAUCAUGAUGCUGUAGGGAACAGUGGGACAGUUGCCCCAUCCACAGUUGCCCCAUCCACAGUUGUCUCUGAACAUGCUGAAGGGCCGCCUCAAGAUGCUGUUAAAGAUGGUCAUACAGCUGCAGAUACUACAGAGGUCACAGAAACAUCUGAAGAUGCCCUCGGUGAAUCAGCAGAAGUCUUGGAACAUGCUUAUCAUGAUGCUGUAGAAAUCAGAGGGAUAGUUUACCAUCCACAGUUGUCUCUGAACAUGCUGAAGGGCCGCCUCAAGCAAUGUUCAAGAUUUGACCCAGGAGCAGCUACAGUAUUAUGGUUGAUCAGAGUGAGAGGCAUCUGCGGAAAAUAUUUGGAGGAUAUAUUCUCUGCGAGAGACAUAUUGCAUUCAAGCAGGAAGGAAGAAGCAAAAAUGCUGUUAAGACGAUUAUACAGUUGCAGAAACAACAGAGAUCUCAGAACCAUCUCAAGAUGCUCUUGGUGCAUCAACAGAAGAUCAGAAGUGGACCAUGCUUAUCUUGAUGCUACAGGGAACAAUGGUACAGUUGCCCCAUCCACUGUCAUCUCUGAACAUGCUGAAGGGCUGCCUGAAGCCAGGAACUUUCAGCGUUUAACAGAGGAGCAAGGCCAACUCCUAAGAAAAUGUCGAAGUGUUCAACAUUACUAUGAGACGGGAACUGAAGAUGAUAGACUGUAUUAAUUCAAUCAAAAGCCACAAGUGUUUGAAUUCUCUGAAGUGGAAUUAAAUAAAAAACACAUUACACAGUUGGAUAACGACAGAUUGCACACUGAAACAAUAAUAAGUGUUCAAAGUGCUAGUACAUCUUGUACAUAGUGUCAAGGUGUCCAAGCAUGUCUCUGUAAGCCAAUGGUUCACUGCAUAUGAGGUUAAUUUAUAUCUUACAGUGGAUUGCAGCAAAAGGCCAGAGGAAAAUAUGUUUUGAUACUCGUCCGUAUUUUGAAGAAGAAAAAUGGGGCUGAAUGGCAUGUUUAUUUUUUUU